AUGGCCCCUCCUAAGGUCUUCUCCCUCGAGGGCAAAGGACUCAAGCUCGACACCGCGGAGGACAUUGAUGUGCACAUCCAGCCUCUUGUCGAGAGCACCGACUACACUGAGAUUCGCUUUGGCGGAAACACCCUCGGUGUUGGUGCGUCGGAGCGCCUCGCCGCUGUCAUCGCUACCCAGACGAGUCUCGAAGUUGCCGACCUCGCCGAUAUCUUUACCUCGCGUCUUCUGUCCGAGAUCCCUCCUGCCUUGAAGUCCCUACUGGACGCCCUCCUCGAGAUCUCCACCGUUCACACCGUCAACCUGUCUGACAAUGCCUUCGGCCUCAACACACAGGCGCCCCUCGUCGAUUUCCUGUCGCGUCACAUCCCGCUUCGCCACCUGAUCCUGAACAACAACGGCCUCGGCCCCGCUGCUGGUACUUUGAUUGCUGAUGCCCUCAGCAAGCUUGCUGAGCGCAAGGAGGAGGCCCGCAAGGAGGGCAAAGAGGUUGCUCUGCUGGAGAGUAUUGUCUGCGGCCGCAAUCGUCUGGAGAAUGGCAGUAUGGAGGCUUGGGCUCGUGCCUACGAGAAGCACGCUGCGGGUAUGAAGUCCGUUAAGAUGACCCAGAACGGUAUCCGCCAGGAGGGUACCUCGCACCUGCUGAAGAAUGGUCUUCGCCACUGCAGCGCCCUUGAGGUUCUGGAUCUCCAGGACAACACGUUUACUGUUAUGGGAUCUACUGCUCUGGCUAGCGUCCUGGAGGGCUGGCCUGCUCUGGUUGAGCUGGGCGUUGGUGACUGCCUCCUUUCUGCCCGUGGUGGUGUGAAGGUUGCCCAUGCUCUCGCUGCCAACAAGAACCAGAAUCUCCAGAUCCUGCGUCUGCAGUACAACGAGAUCAAGGCUGAGGGUGUGAAGGUCCUCACCCAUGCUGCUAAGACCGCUCUCCCCAGCCUACGCCGUGUCGAACUGAAUGGCAACAUUUUCUCGGAGGAUGACCCCAACAUCACCGACCUGCGCGAGCUGCUGGAGGCGCGUCAGGAGAAGCAUGGCUCCGAGGAGGACCCCGAGGAUACCUGGGGUGUUGACGAGCUAGAUGAGCUCGAUGAGGAGGAGUCCGAGGAAGAGGAGGAAGAGGAGGAGGAGGAGGAAGAGGAGCGCAAGGCUGAGAAGCUCCUGCAGGAUGCCGAGCUCGCCGAGCAAGAGAAGGUGGCUCAGAAAUCCGACAAAGAAGUCGAUGAGCUGGCCGAUGUUCUGGGCAGGACCGGUCUGUAG